GUGAGAGAUAAAACCGCAAGGAUCUUCGGAGUUGUAGAGAGAGAAAGAAAGAGAGAGUGUUAGAGAGAGAAAGUUGAGAAACAGAGAAAAUUUAGAGGUAUUUCUAUAUAAUAUAGAUCAAAGCUUGAGGUCUGAAUUUCUCCAAACUCCAUCAACAACAAAAGAGGAGAGAGAAAGUGGUGCAAAGUUUUGGGGUGGCACCAAUUUGAAGCGGCUUUCAGAGCCCCCCAAAAAAAAUUCAAUUGAAAAAUAAAUAAACAAAUAAAAUGGGGGAAUUUUGCAGCACUGAUUCAGUUUCCGUUGAUAUGGAAACUAUUUAUCUUGGUGGAAAGGAAUACCACGUACAAACAGGCUGUGGCCCUGUGUCUGUCAUUGUUUAUGGAGAUAAAGACAAGCCAGCAUUGGUUACAUAUCCUGAUUUAGCUUUAAAUCAAAUGUCUUGUUUCCAAGGAUUAUUCUUUUUUCCUGAGGCCGCUUCUUUGCUGCUCCACAACUUUUGCAUUUACCAUAUUAGCCCUCCUGGACACGAGUUGGGAGCUGCUGCUUUAUGUCCAGAUAAACCUGUGCCAUCAACAGAAGAUUUAGCCGAUCAGGUCCUUGAGGUUCUCAACUUUUUUGGGCUUGGUGCAGUAAUGUGCAUGGGGGUAACCGCAGGAGCUUACAUACUUACCCAAUUUGCUCUGAAGUACAAAGAGCGUGUUGUUGGUUUGAUACUUGUUUCACCUCUGUGCAAAGGACCUUCAUGGACUGAAUGGUUGUACAAUAAGGUUUUGUCGAAUUUGCUUUACUUUUACGGGAUAUGUGGCUUGGUCAAGGAGUGUUUGCUGAAGCGCUACUUCAGUAAGGAAGUUCGUGGCAGUGCAGAACUCCCGGAAUCAGACAUAGUUCAAGCAUGCAGGAGGUUGUUGGAUGAGAGGCAAAGCAUCAAUGUUUUACGGUUUCUUGAGACAAUGAAUGGAAGACCCGACAUUAGCGAAGGAUUGAAAAAACUAAGAUGUCGGACACUGAUUUUUGUUGGGGAUGAAUCUUCUUUUCACGCAGAAGCUCUUCACAUGAUUUCAAAACUAGAUAAAAGAUGCAGUGCAUUGGUUGAGGUACAAGCUUGUGGAUCAAUGGUGACGGAGGAGCAACCCCAUGCGAUGCUGAUACCAUUGGAAUUCUUCCUCAUGGGAUACGGAUUCUACCGGCCAUCUCAGCUAAGUGGAAGCCCAAGAAGCCCGUUAAGCCCAUCGUGCAUUUCCCCGGAGUUGCUUUCUCCGGAAAGCAUGGGGUUGAAGCUGAAACCGAUAAAGACUCGCAUUUCUUUGCAGUCAUAGCAAUGGGUGAUGAACUGAUGAUGUAAUGUAAAAGAUGUAUUUUUACCAGCAAUUUCCACUCUUUUUCUGUUGUAAUUUUUAUCAUAAUUUUUUGGAAUCGCGAUUCGCGAAAGGAAGGGUGGUGGGUUGGAAGAUUUGUAGAUAUGUAAUGUAGGAUUGUUUUUGAUAGAAAAAGGGACAUUUUAUUUUAGGGAGGGAAUCGAUCAUUCAUUCAUUUGUAGUCUGUCAUUCAUAAAACGACCGGACAUUGGUUAUUUGCUUGUAAAUUCUUAGAACACCUUUGUUGAUGAUGAGCAAUUAAUAAUGAAAAGAGCAUAUUUAUGUA